AUGAACCUGCUCUUUCUGCUCCAGGAAGCACAUUUAUUGCAGGCGCUCAAGCAUGCUGUGGCGCCCGGCGGCCUCUACACACUUGUUGUGGACAAGCAGACCGAGCCCGUGCUCAUGCGUGUCAUUGCCAAAGACACACUUCUCCGCAUCUUUGCUUCCAUAGAACAGCUAGCGUCUCCUAGAAAACAGCAGCCGUUUUUGCUGGCGGUGUAUUUUGUGCAUGCGCUGGUAUUCAACUUCAACUGCAUUGCUGCCGACGCCCACGCCCGCCGCUACAAAGCGGGCCAUCUUUUGCUCGUGCCUCAUCUGCCGUGGGACGAGGACACGGCAUCCUUUUUCCGCCUGGACCGGUUUUUGGCCAACCCGGCGGUCAGUGCAUACCUCGGCCAUUGUGACGAUGCCACAUAUGUGCCUGCGUCCAUGUAUCCUUUGGAGCAGCGGGUGUUUUUAGCUGAUGCGGCGGGCCAAAACUCCAUGCCCGUAUACUACAACGAAAACUGCGGCGACUUGGUGUUGGCACAGGUGCGCAAGUCCGCAAAGGCAAUUGUCAACGCCGUGGUUGCUGCCGGCGAGUACCCGUUGCUUCGCUUCUAUUCUCUGCCCGAGGCCGACCACCAAGCGGCACGUUUGCCCGAACUUCUUGCCGACGAAGUACAGCGCCAGCUCGACGACUACGCCCGUCGCAACACAAAUUACCCGCCGCCGUCUGUCGGCGAAAAACAACGUGCCGUUCUUCUCAUCUGCGACCGCACGCUCGACUUGUACGCGCCGUUGCUCCAUGAGUUUACGUACCAGGCCAUGGCCAUGGACAUUGUGCCCGAGUUGGAACGCGAAGGUCGGUAUACAUACACCACAGAGAAUGAGCGUGGUGAGACCCAGGACGUGGUGGCCCGCUUAGACGUCGAGGACGAUGGCACUUGGGUCGCCGUGCGCCACAUGCACAUUGUGGAAGCGUCUGAGGUGGUGGUGGGCCGCAUUGACGAUCUUAUCAAGCGGAAUCCCAUGAUGGUGGACCGGUCGCGGGCGAAAACAUCCGCAGACUUGAUGUAUGUGGUGGCCCAUCUUCAAGGCUUUGACGAGGAGCGGCGUCAGGCAACCUUGCACAAGAGCUUGAUCGACGAAUGUCUAGCCAUCAACGCGGCGCGGAAAUUGGCCGAGUUUGCUGCGGACUUUGAACAGACGUGCUGCGCCGGCGGAACGCUGUUUGAAGGUGUGCGCAACACUCGCUUGGCCGAUGACUUGGUGGCGCUUCUAGCCCGGGCAGAUUUGCAUGUCAAUGACAAGGUACGGCUUGUCCUCAUCUAUGCGCUAUAUCGUGGCGGCUUGGCACAGUCAGAUUUUAUCAAGCUUGCAAAAUUCAUUGGCGUGAAAGACUCGCAAGCUACGGCGCUCGUGCAGCGCUGUUUCUUCAAUCUACACAAGCUUGGAUUCCCCGUGGUGAAGUCCAACCCACAGGAGCGAGCCGUACACCGCAAGACGUUCCACACUAUCAAUAACGACGGAACCUAUAAUACGUCACGGUUUGCGCCAGGAAUCAAGCGUGUUCUUCUGGCGGCCGCACGUUUUGAGCUCGAUGCCGACUGGUUUCCGUACUUCCGCGACAAGCCAUUGGAAGACGAUGCCGUACGUGGGCCAGAAAAGGCUGGUCUGUUGAGGAACCCUCGUAUCAGAGCUCAAUGGGCUCCAACAGCAAAGGCGCAAACAUCAAGGUCUCGCCAGAGAGUCUUUUGUUUUGUGGCAGGCGGCAUCACAUACCUGGAAAUGAGAGCCGUAUAUGAGUUGUCAGAAGCUCAUAACAAGGACUUUUUUCUCGGGUCUGAGACCAUCUUGAAGCCGCGAGACUUUUUGAUUGGCGUUCAGAACAGCGACCAGGUGAAGCUGCCGGGAGAUCUUGCUCUUGACAUUGUCGCUGAAACUUCAGGUCCUGUACGUGCACCUUCAUUUUUACUUGAAGAACAAAAACCACCUUCGCUGGCGCAGUCGAACGUCCUGGGUGAGCGUUUUAGCCAUGGGUCUCAAAAUCAAGUUCCUCAACGUCAGGAACUCAAGAGUCCAGGCAAAAAGGUUCCAAGCAACUCUGUGCCGCUUCCAGCUCAUUACCGCAUGGACGGAAAGACACAGGAGAAGGAGAAGAAGUCACGGUUGAAGCGUUUCUUCAAAUAG